CGAACGAACGGCUCAGUCCCCGGGCGGCGGCGGCGGCCGGGGGGGCGCGACGGCCGGGGCGGGGGCGCUGCUGCUGCGGGGCCCGGCGGCGGGGCGGCGGCGGCGGCCCGCUCCAGCCAUGCCGAAUAAAAACAAGAAGGAGAAAGAAUCACCAAAAGCAGGGAAAAGUGGAAAAAGUUCGAAAGAAGGCCAAGACGUGGUCGAAUCAGAGAUUUCCAGCAGGAAAAACAGCCUUGCUGCUGUCCCGUCUACAGUAUCUAGUAAAAUAAAAGUGCCAGUCCCUCAGCCCAUAGUGAAGAAAGACAAGCGGCAGAAUUCUUCCAGGUUUAGUGUCAGCAAUAAUAGAGAACUUCAAAAGCUACCAUCUUUAAAAGAUGUUCCUCCUGCUGAUCAAGAGAAGCUUUUUAUCCAGAAGUUACGUCAGUGUUGUGUCCUCUUUGACUUUGUUUCUGAUCCACUGAGUGACCUAAAGUGGAAGGAAGUAAAACGAGCUGCUUUAAGUGAAAUGGUAGAAUAUAUCACCCAUAAUCGGAACGUGAUCACAGAGCCUAUUUACCCAGAAGUAGUCCAUAUGUUUGCAGUUAACAUGUUUCGAACAUUACCACCUUCCUCCAACCCCACGGGAGCAGAAUUUGACCCAGAGGAAGACGAACCAACGUUAGAAGCGGCCUGGCCUCAUCUACAGCUUGUUUAUGAAUUUUUCUUAAGAUUUUUAGAGUCUCCAGAUUUCCAACCUAAUAUAGCGAAGAAAUAUAUUGAUCAGAAGUUUGUAUUGCAGCUUUUAGAGCUCUUUGACAGUGAAGAUCCUCGAGAGAGAGAUUUUCUUAAAACUACCCUUCACAGAAUCUAUGGCAAGUUCUUAGGCUUAAGAGCUUACAUCAGAAAACAGAUAAAUAAUAUAUUUUAUAGGUUUAUUUAUGAAACAGAGCAUCACAAUGGCAUAGCAGAAUUACUGGAAAUAUUGGGAAGUAUAAUUAACGGGUUUGCCUUACCACUAAAAGAAGAGCACAAGAUUUUCUUAUUGAAGGUGUUGCUGCCUUUGCACAAAGUGAAAUCUCUGAGUGUCUACCAUCCACAGCUGGCAUACUGUGUUGUGCAGUUUUUAGAAAAGGACAGCACCCUCACUGAACCAGUGGUAAUGGCACUCCUCAAAUACUGGCCAAAGACUCACAGUCCAAAAGAAGUCAUGUUCUUAAAUGAAUUAGAGGAGAUUUUAGAUGUGAUUGAACCGUCGGAAUUUGUGAAGAUCAUGGAGCCUCUCUUCCGGCAGUUGGCCAAAUGUGUCUCCAGCCCGCACUUCCAGGUGGCAGAGCGAGCCCUAUAUUACUGGAAUAAUGAGUACAUCAUGAGUUUAAUCAGUGACAAUGCAGCCAAGAUUCUGCCCAUCAUGUUUCCAUCCUUGUACCGCAACUCCAAGACCCACUGGAACAAGACAAUACAUGGCUUGAUAUACAACGCGCUGAAGCUCUUCAUGGAGAUGAACCAGAAGCUCUUUGAUGACUGCACCCAACAGUUUAAAGCAGAGAAACUGAAGCCCAGAAAGAACCGAAGAAGGACCGGCCUCUCGUGCGCCGCAAGUCCGAGCUGCCUCAGGACCUCCACACCAAGAGCGCCUUGGAGGCCCACUGCAGAGCCGACGAGCUGCUCUCCCAGGACGGGCGCUAGCCCCGGAGGACCGCGGCAGGCUGCGGACGCCACUCCUGUUCUGGAUUCUGUAGAAAAUACAUACUUUUUGUGCCAUACAAAUCAGUUACACUCACAGUCAGAGCUUUCUUCGACCCCGUUCUGUAGGCAACAACGUACUUCCGCCUCAGCUCGAGAUUAGGAGUUCAAACAAUGGUGACUUCUCAGAUCGUGCGCAGAGCCGGGGCCCCUGACCGUGUCCUCCCCACGUCAUCGUGACCCCGGCACAGCCCCAGAUAGGAUAGUUUCCCAAAAUCAGAGCUAAGGAAAGCACCCUGGUCAUCUCCAUGUUCUACCCAAACGGAAUUUGUGAUCAUUCAAAAUAGGUGGUUCUAUGAUAAUAUCAAUGUUUUUCAAAUCAAAGGAGCACUUUAAAAAAGUACUGCAUAUUUUUUAAGACUUUAAAACCUUUGAAAUUGUUUUCAUGUGAUUGUUACGCCAGCAGUUUGGGGAGUUUUUUUUAAAUCUCACCAAAAUGGUUCUUUGCUUUCUUCUAACGCAGCUUACUGGGGACAGUGACGUGAAGGCCCUCAGCCGCUGGUUUUCCCAAGGUGUUCCUUUACUUUGAGGAACGACAUGUGCGCCAUGUCCUACUCCUUCAUGUGUCUCUAAAGCCAUAUUUCCAAGUCUGUGGUCUGGUACCAGGAUUCCAGGAGCGAGUUCACAGGAGAAAUUUAUUUUCAAAAGAGGCUUCUCUAUCUACCUUGACUGGAAUUGGAAUUUAAAAACGAUUUUAUCAUUUUUUUGUUUGCAGAAUUUUUUUCCUCUACUCACACAUUCUUGCCCUUUAACAAGGCUCUUGAACUAAUAAAAUUAUAACCUCUAAGAAUUCCACGUUUUUAGAAAGUUAGAAUGAGGUCAUUCUGAUUAGGUCAGUUCUUGGCCUAAUGCAGGCUGCAGCUGCCUUUGGUCAGAACGUAACAAAAGUCACAGUGUACGUGCCGGGCCAUGCGUGACGGCCACUGUUGCUGUCACGUGGUGCUCAGCACUCAGAGGAAGCGGCAGUGAGGGUGGCCUCACAUGGAUCUUUUUCUGGUGACGAUGCGCACAUGUCAACACCUCCUGCGGAAAAGGCAGUGUCUGAGUUCGCAUCGGUCUUCAAAUGCUGCUAUCUGUUUCACAGACUUCUUGCAUGGAUUGAGCUUUUUGUUUUCGAUGGAAUAGCACGAGGAGAAAAACCUUUAAACUUAGUGCUUUGUCUGUUCUUUAUUUCUCUCAGGGCGGCCAGUAUUUUGACUGACUUAUCCUGCUUGAAAGCUCUUGAGACACGCACUGCUAUUCUAAACAAGUGGUUCUAGUUUCUUUUGUCUCUGGCGUAAGAUUAUAUAGCUUCAUGUUAAAUGUCUCGAUGCAUAAAAGAUAAACUGUGGCUUCUUUUAGGAUCUGUUGUUCGCUCGAGGUCUCAGGUGUCCGUGGAAGCGUCGCGAAGAGCAGCAGGCCUCAUUCCCGUGUCACGGUGGCAUCACUGAAAUCCACUGACAGUGUUUAGUUCCUGUGCUUAGAGGAAAGCCGUCUGUGGGGGGGCCAAAUUCGCUGACUGCCCCAGCUGAGAGUGGAACAGCCCACUUUGUGAGAAGAAACACUUCCUGAGAAACUUGACAAGUAGCUACCCAUUUUACCAUUAUGAAAUUUAUAAUUUAAAAAAAGUUCAGAUGCCUUCUCCUUUUGAGGGAAAAAGGGUGCUUUUUAUUGUAUAAAGCAGCGUCUUCUGUAUUUUGAUAUACCAUUGUUUGAACUUCCGUCUUUAGCUGAUAGAUUCUCCGAUAUCCUUGAUUCUGGAUGGCCGGUGUGUUUGUGAGAGAGGCAUCUGGAAAGACUCUCUUUUGCCCGAGGGAGAAAGCGAAAUAUCAGUGUUUGGGUGAUUGUGUAAAGCUCAGCGUAUGAGAACAUCUUUUUGUCUAGGUUUUAUUUCUGCUCUUUAUUGAAGACAAACAUUCACCAAAAAGGGACAAAAAAAGUUUUAAGAGAAACUAAUUUUCUUUGACAAGAGUAUUAUUUAAUAUUUUGGCCUGUUAAAGUUUUCCUGGUUAGGACUCAGACUCCCUGCGCUAAUUGUUCGACUUAUAUAUUAUUCUCUAGAUACACUGUUUGUUCUGUGCAAACUGAUCUCAGAAGUACUACACUGAAAAUAAACCGGUGACUGUUUCUCUUCAUAAAGUUCUGCGUUUGGCAUCUUCACUCUUUCCAAAAUGUAUCCGUACAUCAGAAAUGUCACUAUUCCGAGUGUCUUUUUAGUGUGGCUUUAGUAUGGCUUCCUUUUAAUAUUGUACAUACAUUGUAUCUUUGUUUUAUGGUAAUAAGUAAUAAAAAUGUAGACUUCAUAUUUUGUACAAAAUGUCCUAUGUACAGAAUAAAAAAGUUCAUAGAAACAGCAAAAAUA